AUGACAACAUUGAAAAAUAAACGAGCUUCGUUCUCUUCAUCAUCUGGUGCUGUCCUAGCUGUUCCAUAUUCAUUAACACAAGGUGAAACUAAAAAUUUUGAUUUAACUUCAUCAUC